CAGCGAACUUCCGCGGGUGUCACCGGAAGCAUAAGUCUAUUACCGGAAGUGCCCGUAACUGUUUACUAAAAGUUGGUUGCUAAGGACGCGCAGUGACGCGCUCUCCACGAGACUGCUUGUGAAACACUGCUGGAAAGGAGACUUUUCCCCUCAAGAAUUAUUAUAAGAGCCUCGCAGUGACAUGCGCUCUUAUAAGCAGCAGGAUGAUCCGAAUAAAGCGGCGUCUGCUCGGUUCCUGCCGCCUGCGGUUCACAGCUAUAAGCAGCAUCUGGCAGCAGUGCGGUCAUUACUGCCGGACCGACUGACCCACAGACCGCUUGAUCUGAGGUUAUCAAGUGAGCUGCAGAAAGCACUGAAUGUGGACUCAGUGAAACCAAACCCGUCCAGAACUGACGCUCGUCUGCAGGUGUCUCUCCGGCCGCUGCGCGCUUCGGUUCUGUCCUAUGACGGCGAGUUCACGGCUGCGGAUCGCUGUGUUUUCUCUCUCCCUGUGGCUCUUCCGGUGGGGAUGGUGGCGGAUCCGGGGCCGCAGGCAUACCGUGUGAAGAGGGCCGCUCACAGCGCGGGGCCCAAAGCAGCGCUCGCUCACACACGCGCUCUUCUUCAGGUGACACAGGAAGUCUGCGUGACAGUUCUGUCCCAUGUUUCCUGUCCGCCUUCAGCUUCAGAGAUGACAUCACUUCCUGUCCAGAGAGACUGGAUCUGGACCGGUAUCCCGUUCAUUUCAAAAACACCUAGCAACCACUCAGAACACCCUAGCAACUGCAUAGAAAUGCGCGGUUUGACGAACGUCCCUCAUCUGGACGCAGCCGAGAAUCUGCGUCUCCUCAACAUGCAGCACAACCUCGUCUCACACCUGCAGGACCUGCUUCACCUGCAGCGCCUUGUGAUCCUCGACCUCUAUGACAACCGUCUGAUUGACAUGUCUGGAGUCUCCUCCCUCACCUCACUGCGUGUGCUGCUGCUCGGGAAGAACAGAAUCCAGAGGAUCAGUGAUGUGGACGGCCUCGCUAAACUGGACGUUCUGGACUUACACAGUAAUCAGAUCUCUCAGAUUGAAAAUGUGUCUGGUUUGUCGAAGCUUCGUUUGUUGAAUCUCUCUGGAAACCGCAUCGCUCGAGUGGAGAACCUGCAGGGUCUGAAGUGUCUGACCGAACUGAACCUCCGACACAACAGCAUCACGUCUGUGACGGAUGUGGAGAGUCUUCCUCGUCUGCAGCGUCUGUUUCUCAGCGCUAACAGCAUCAGCAGGUUGGAUGCGCUGGCCUGUCUGUGGCACUGCCGCUCUCUGAGUGAGCUGAGCGUCGAUGGGAAUCCCGUGGCGCUGGAGUCAUGCUACAGACAGACUCUCCUCCGCUGCUCGCCACACCUUCAGCUGCUCGACAUGAAGCGCGUCACAGAGGAGGAGAGACGCACGGCGAGUGUUUCAGUACGAAAGGAGGAUGAGAAGAAGAAAGAGAGUCACAAACAGGCUGCGCACAAGGAAAGACGUCGACUGGCGAUCCAGAACGCAGCGCAGCAGUGGGAGGGGCUAAAGACCUGCCUCGAGCUUCCUGCCCAGAACGGCACAAAAGAAGAUGUCAGUCCAGACAACAGCCCCGCCCACAGCCCCGCCCAGACCAAUGGGAACGCUCAGGAGACGUCACCAGACGAGCCCAGGCGCUUGAGUCCGCUCACAGUCUCAGCCGGAGGGAAUGAGAGCAGGUUACGAUCAACCAGUCGUCCAAACAGCCCCCGAGACCUCAGGCCGCAGGACUCCAGCGGGCCCAGCGUUCAGAGUCUGUCCAUGUCUGACAGUCACCUGGCGGAGCUGGACAGCGAGACACUGCGUCUGUUUGGCCCCGGGGCCCUGGAGACUCUGGAGCGCUGCUGGAGCGUUCAGACGGCCGCGAGCGUCACCGCCGUCGCCUUCAGAUACAUCCACUUCGACUCCAUCAUCCCCAUGUUCCUGCGCAUCCGCCUCAAGUUCCCAAACCUCACGCACCUGAUGUUCAUGGAGACGAGCAUCACUCACCUCCCUCAGCUGGCGGCUCUGGCUCAGGUGCGGCGUCUGGAGCAGAUCAGUGUUCAUUCGGAGGGGAAUCCGGUGGUGAGACUGACGCUCUGGAGAUCCUUCCUCAUCUACAGACUGCAGCACCUCAACCUGCAGAAGAUCAACGGCACCGAGGUCACUAUGAAUGAGAUCAUGGCCUCGGAGCGGAUGUUCGGUGCUCUGGGUCACAUCGCUACUACAGAAACACCGCGCUGCCGCCUGCUGCUACUGCUGGAGGAGUCCAGGAAGCGGCAGCUGCAGUUCCUGCUGGACGGACGCGGGCGCAGAAGCGGUCAGAGUCCAGAGGACCUGAAGGAGAACGGCAAACAGCUGGGAGACGGCUUGAGCCGAGCGCUCUUCAGCUAUCCCAGCAGACUCUCCGGCGGCCCCGAGGAGGCCGGUGCUGGCGGCUCGGAGCGCUCUCAGAUGGUGCAGCAGUAUCUGCGAGGUCUGAUCCACAGAGCUUCCUCUCACUGCGUGAAGGCAGACGCUCUGCAGAAGCUCUGGCCGUCGCUCUUCAGUGAGAUCGUGAGAGACUGUGUGCUGGAGAUGAGAGACAGACAGGCCUUCAGACAGACGAGCCUCCAGCGGCUCCACAGCGACUCACACACGAGAACACAGACUGAGCACUGAAUGUACAGCAGCCUGCGUUUAUCUGAGUCCAUCUGCUCACUCCUGAGGGAACUAAUGGUGCUCCUGAUCAAACACACUCUGCACAGGUGCAUCACAGAUGUGCCACACACAGACCUCAGCGCAGCGGAGAUCCUUCAGAUGACUGAGACGUUAAACUGCAAACAUGUUAGCCGUUUAACUAACAAGAUGAAGAUUCUCCUCAAACUGUUGCUCUGCCAUGAAAGUAGUCAAACUGAAAGAGAAAUUGUUUUAAUUUAUUUUAUUUUAUUUUAAAUUAUGCCCAAUCUUAUAGUCAAAAUUAUUUGAACAUUUUAUUUUUAUUAUUCUAUUAUUUUAGGUUGGAAUAAAUUUCAGAGGCCUUUCUUUGUUUAGCAGUUUUAUUCUAUUUUAUUUACAUUUUUUAAUUUUUAAUUUAAUUUUAAUUUAAUUUAAUUUAUUUUUUAUGCCCAAUCUUAAAGUCAAUAUUAUUUUAACAUUUUUAUUUUUUGUAUUCUAUUAUUUUAGGAAUGGAUUUCAGAGGCCUUUCUUUGUUCAGCAGUUUUAUUUUAUUUUUAUUUUUAUUUUUAUUUUUUUAAUAUUUUUAAUAUUUUUUUUAAUUUUUAUUUAUUUUAUUUUUUUAGUGCCCAAGCUGAUAGUCCAUUUUAUUUUUAUCAUUCUAUUAUUUUAGGUUGGAAUUGACUUCAGAGGCUUUUCUUUGUUCAGCAGGUUUAUUUUAUUUUAUAAUUAUUAUAUUUUUUAUUCUAUUCAGUUACCAGCUCUAAACAUGUCAAGAGUUUAACUAGCUCAAGAUUCUCCUCAAACUGUUGCUCUGCUGUGACUGAAAGAGAAAUCUGAUUAACCUGCUCUUGAGCUGCACGAUCACUUGAGUUUUGACUCAUUUCCAAACACACUGCAUUAAUGGAGUUUGUGUAGAUGAAGUGUUUGCGUUGGGGUGUGUGUGUAGAGUGUGUUUCAGAUCUUUUGUUCAUUCUGUCUUUCACGCCUGUCGCUUCCUCAUAUUGAAUGUCAAAAUCAAACCAUAUGAUCUUUCACAAGCACUGAUUUAUGUUUUGUAUUUUACUGUUUAUUAAAAAGAAAGAAGUAAAAAAAAGUUUGAUUGACCUGAAUUUGGCAUCAAAAUGUUCACCUUUAUUUAACUAAUUAACGAAUUAUUUGAUUAUUAUAUGUAUUUAUUAUAUAUAGUGCUGCCAAACAAUUAAUCGCAAUUAAUCUCAUCCAAAAUAAAAGUUUUUGUUUACAUA